CCCAACAAAGCCUCGACUGGACGCUGGUCUUCCGUCACCACUAAAGUACUGAAACUGAACCCAACCUCACCCGACACAAAAACAGCCAAAUAUAUAUCCUGUAUAUAGUUAAAAAUUUAUUUAUGUAAUUAAUUAAAUAUUUAAAAAACAAAAUGGAUUUCGAUGACAACUAUGACGAUUCACCGGAUUGUGAAUUAGAGCCCUACUUCAGUGAAGGUGAAGUUGAAAUGGAAAAUCUAUCGACAUGUGAUUCAAGUGAUCAUGAUAAUGAUUAUCCAUACCAAGUGUUAAAAGCAGAAGAAAUAGUUGGACACAUGCUAAAAAAAAUAAAAUCCAUCAGCGGAAUAAUUGAAAUUCCAUCAACCAUAACGCGAAUUCUUCUCAAUCAUUUUAAUUGGGACGAAGAAAAAUUAUUAGAUAAAUUUUAUACUCAAAAUCGCAGUGAUUUGUUUAAGGAAGCUCACAUUAUUGAUCCAUCAUCAUCAGCAGUAAGUAAGAAAAAUAAUUUAAUUAUUGAGUCUGAAGAUUGCGAAAUUUGUUUGGUCUCAUUAUCUUGUGAUUUGAUGACUGGUAUGGAGUGCGGCCAUCGUUUCUGUCCCGAUUGUUGGGACUCUUAUUUAUCAACUAAAAUAAUCGAGCAAGGGGAAUGUCAAUCAAUAACUUGUCCAGCUCAUAAGUGCGAUAUUAUCGUUGAUGACGAAACUGCGAUGAAUUGCAUUAAGAAUUUAAACGCCAAAACAAAAUAUCAACAUUUGAUAACAAAUAGUUACGUUGAGUCUGACAAAUUAUUGAAAUGGUGCAAGACACCCAAUUGUAAUCAUGCUAUUAAAGUAUCUUAUAUUGAUUUCAAGCCGGUGUCAUGUCACUGCGGCCGGACAUUUUGUUUUAAAUGCAAUGAAAAAUGGCACGAUCCGAUUUUAUGCGACUUGUUGCGUAAGUGGAUGAAAAAAGUCGAUGAAGAUGCUGCGACAUCUGCGUGGAUUGGUCUUAAUACAAAAGACUGUCCAAAAUGUAUGGCGAUAAUUGAAAAAAAUGGCGGGUGCAAUCACAUGACUUGUAGAAAGUGCAGGCAUGAAUUUUGCUGGAUUUGUUUAAUGAAUUGGAAGGAACAUAAUUCAAAUUAUAAAUGCAAUAGAUUUGAAUCUCAUGAGACUAAUGAACGUUUGGAAAAAACAAGGUCUUCGUUACGCAAAUAUAUGUUUUAUUCGGAUCGUUAUUUAAAUCAUUUGAAAUCGCUGGAGUUAGAGAACAAUUUGUAUCUUGUCGUUGGUGACAAAAUGAUGGAGAUGCAGAAAAUGGACAUGUCUUGGGUCCAAGUACAGUUUUUGAAAAAAGCUGUUGAUAUAUUGUGCAAAUGCAGGCAAACUUUGAUGUAUACGUACUCGUUUGCGUACUAUAUUGAGAAGUCUAAUCAGUUUAGUAUUUUUGAAGAUAAUCAGCAGGAUCUUGAGUCGGCUAUUGAAACUUUGUCCCAUUAUUUAGAGCAGGAUAUCGAUGAGGAAGAGCCUAGUGAAAUUAAGAAGAAGGUUCAGGACAAAGCUGAUUACUGCGAAAGUAGAAGGAAGGUUCUGCUGGAUCAUGUUCAUGAGGGCUAUGAUAAAGACUGGUGGAGUUACACAAAUCUUGCGUGAUUUUCAUAUGAUUAUUAUUCUUUUAUAGUUAAGUAAAAUAAUUUUUCAAAUUUCGUGUUAAUCUGAAGCAUUGAUGCUUCUUUUACUUUGUAACAAUUGUUUGAAAAGUUUGAAUUUUAUUAAACAACUGAUUUGAAUAUUUUUGAAAUUAUUUUAAUAUUUACAUUACACUUUUUGCGUAAGCUGUGAAAAA